UUUUCGUUAUUCAGUACACCCAUGCGCCCAACUCAUUGCCCGCCUUCCCCCGCAUCGCGUGUGCGGUGUAGGCGGAGCUGCAUAUUCACCUGAAGAAAGGCGUCUUUGUACUCCUCAACCUUAUAAAGCCGCCCUUGGACCCUUUCUGGCCUUCGCGCACCCUUUCCGUACUCGUCCUCUAAACGUCACUUCCCAGUAUGAGGGCCCCAGCUGUCGUUCUCGUGAUGGCGGCGUGGGCGUGCGCGUGCCACGCUCAAACCGACAACAGCGUCAACCAGCAGCAGCGCAGCAUCUGGGACGAGCCCAUCCGCUUCAGCACCAAGAGCAAGGACGCCUGCACCAUGGUGGUGUCGGGGGCCUCCGACCACACCCGGCUGCGCGUUUCCUGCAAGGGCCCCACGCCGCCAGGCGCCGGUCAGGGCCGCGCGUACUACUGCGACUUCCAGGGCAAGCCCAACCUGUGCCGCGCCUACAGCCUCAACCCGCGCCACUACUUCACGCAGAUCAUGUGGGAGCUGCGCAAACUGAGCCACGCCUGCCAGGGCGCCAAAGUCUACCGGCCGCCCAUGUGUAAAAAGCAUCCCGACGAGGUCCAGAUGAGCUUCUUGUCCGCCUGGCCCCGAGCAGCCAAGCCCGCUGCCACUCAGAAACCGCAGAAGCCUCAGACGCCCGUCAAGCCCCAAGCGGGCAAAGCCGUCCCAGCCCCCGCCAGGAAGACCACCCCCAAGCCAGCCAAGACCACCGCGAGGUCCCCGACGGAGCUGCCCGAGUCCAAGGCGUCCCGCAUAGCCACGGAAUACUGCUGGAAGAGCUUCCACGGCAUCUGCACGUACUUCAUUGGAUGGUUUAAGAACUGACGCGGACGGGUGGGGGGACACCGCCAAUGGACUUGUCACUUGACAUCGUCAUUCACAACUGAGCAUCACUGUAGUGAGUGAGUGAUCGUCAAAAUUGGAAGAAUAAAAUGAAGAGUUCUCAUUUUUAUUCAA